AGGGCAGGGCGCGGCAAGGGCCUGCCGGUCGGCGGGCGAGAGGCGCGCGAAAGGGAGAGGCGCGAAGGAGAGGCGCGAAAGAAAAGGCGGGUGGGGGAGGGUCACAAUAUCUUUGGAUCGCAGUCAUGGAGGUGACCAUCGGAGAGCAGCAGCGCAUGGAGCAGCUUUAAAGAAAAGAAAUCUUGCAUUUGAUAUUAUGAUGGAAACAUCAGGUAGAAGAAGAAAAAGAGUUAAUCCUCAACAUGAUGCAGAACACUAUAUUAAACUGAAAACUGACAAGACUGGUCUAACAGAGCAAUUCAUCAGCCCAUGCAAAGGUCGUGGUGUAAUUGCCUCACAGUUUUUCAAACAGGGGGAAUUUGUUCUUGAAUACCGUGGAGAACUUUGCAAAGCAGAUCCUUAUCUUGAAAAAAACAAGUUCAAUGAUACGGUGGAAGUGUUCUUAUUUGAUUUCAAAUGGAAAGGAACCUCUUGGUGCAUUGAUGCUUCUGUUGAAGACAAGUCAUUAGGAAGGCUUGUGAAUGAUGACCACCGAAGGCCUAACUGUAAGAUGAAAACAGUUGAAGUUGAAGGAAGGCCACAUCUUUGCCUGUUUGCCUUACGUGACAUUGACCCAGGAGAAGAAAUAACUUAUGACUACGGGAAAGCUGACUGGCCUUGGCGCAAGAUGGAUAAAUCUACCUAUGAGAUCAGCAAACAAACCGGUGAUCUUGAACACUGCACUCAGCCACUACAUUAUUCUGAUGAUUUCUUCUUGGAGAGCACCAGGGGAACUCUGGAAGAUGCGCAGAAGGCUGCAGUUCCUAUAGUUGCCACAACAUCAUUACUUCAACCAGCAUCAGAGAAAUGCUUCAUUGAAUACUUAAAAAAGAGGUCCUCAAGACAAAAACAGGUCUCGACAUAUACAGAAACAUCUUCUGAUGAAUCCGAUCACACAGACUAUAGUGAUGCUGAUUAUGUUCCAGACUCUGAAGGAAGUUCCUCUCAGCUAGAUGAAGAUGGACCUCUUUAUCCAACUGCAAAGAAGUCUCUGCUUUCUGUGCAAUACCCCUAUUUAUCUCCACGAAAACUAGAUAAUUAUUCAGAAAUUUUAAAUAAAGGUAAUGGUGCCACAACUUUUAAGAAGAGGAUCUCAAAAACCCCAAGAAAGAGAAAGCUCUCAUCCCACAGUGCAACAAAUGGCAAUGAAAGUACACCAAAGAAAAGCAGAACUGAACAGAUUUCGGACUCAAUCAAAGUGUUACCACCUUCAAAGUCUGGAAGUCGCCGUGUGUAUGAUAAGAGAAACUAUUGUUUGUUUUGUCUCCAACCUACAUCAAAAAUUGCACAACACCUGGAGACUGUACAUAAAAAUAAGGAAGAGGUUGCUCGUGCAUUUCAAUAUCCCAAAAAUUCAAGAGACGCAAUAGGUUGAACAUCCUUCGAAGACGUGGAAAUUUUGCCCAUUCAAUUCAAUUCAAUUCAAUUCAAUUUUAUUUAUAUAGCGCCAAAUCACAACAAAAGUCGCCUCAAGGCGCUUUAUAUUGUACAAUAGAUCGCACAAUAAUAAAUACAGAGAAAACCCCAACAAUCAUAUCAUAUGAUAUAUAAUGCCAUAAUGCCAGUGUUGUGAAGAGGGGGGCUGGUGAGCUACAGGCCUGCUAUAGACCAAAGAAAUCCACAGAGGGCAUUGAUUACAUUCAUUGUUAUCACUGCCAGGGACUCUAUUCUAAGAAAACACUGUGGAAGCACAUGAGAAUAUGCCCAGCAAAGAAAGAAAGUGAAGAAGACUCCCAGAGUGGGAAGCAGCGGGUUCGAUCCAAAUGUGCACUGAAAACUGCUGUUGCUCGUGACAUUGGAGAGGGCUUGAAAAAUGUGAUUUCCUGCAUGAAAUAUGACGAGGUAACUCAAUUAAUCCAAAAUGACCAACUUCUUCUUCAGUUUGGACAGCACCUUUAUGAUCUAAAUGGUUCAAGAAAGAACAGACAUGACUACAUAAGGCAAAGGCUUAGGGAACUUGGGCGACUGCUGCUUAUAGCUCAGAAGAAUACCCCUAUUCAAAAGGCAGAGGAACUGAUUUAUCCUGCAAACUUCAACCAUUUGAUAUCUGCAGUGAAAGAGGUGGCUGGGUACAAUCCUGAAAGAAAUACAUUCCAGAAACCUACCUUAGCUCUAAAAAUUGGCAACAAUCUGGGAAUUAUCUGUGAGCUUGUAGAGACUGACAAUUUGUCCUCAGAAGACAGAGACUCAAGCCUUGUGCAAUUUGCCAGAGAAUUUAAGGCUAUCAAAAAUUUUAGAUGGAAGGGACUGACCACCAGAGGUGCAACAACAACCAUGAAGGAGUCUAAGUGGAAUGCACCACAGAUUUUACCUUUAACAGAUGAUGUCAAAUGCUUGGAUCGCCAUAUGGAGACUGUUAAAAGCAGUGCUGAAAGAAUGCUGAGGUUGACUCCAACUCCAUACAGCUAUGCAAUGCUUGCCAAAGUGACACUUGCUCAAGUGAUCAUUUUUAACAGAAGAAGAGAAGGAGAGGUAUCAAGAAUGGAGGUGUCCACCUUUAAAGACAGAAAAAAGUCAGAAAUCAAUAUGGACAUGGCUGCUUGUCUGACCUCACUUGAGAAAAAAAUGUGUGAUUUCUUCACCAGAGUAGAAAUCCAUGGAAAACGAGGGAGAGGAGUUCCUAUUCUCCUAAAACCAUCAAUGGUCUCUGCAAUGGAGCUCCUUGUGGAAACUCGUGAAUCUUGUGGCGUCCCCAAAGAGAACAUUUACAUGUUUGCUAGACCAGGAGCUUUAUCUGCCUAUCGAGGAAGAGACUGUAUCCAAAUGUUUGCAAAGGAGAGUGGAGCAGAACACCCUGAAAUCUUAACAUCAACAAGGCUCCGAAAACAUAUAGCAACAAUGUCGCAGGUGCUUAAUCUUCAAGAAAAUGAAGCAGAUCAACUAGCAGACUUUCUGGGUCAUGACAUACGUGUGCACAGGCAGUAUUACCGCUUGCCUCAGGGAACACUUCAGCUUGCUAAGAUGAGCAAAUUGCUUUUGGCACUGGAGAAUGGAACUGUUUCACAUUAUAAAGGCCAAACACUUGAUGAUAUUGAAAUUGACCCUGAAGAAAAAGUUGAUCUGGGAAAUUCAGAUAGCUCAAGCGAUGAGAGUGAGCCUCUUCAAUCAGCUCUGGAGGCAAUAAAAACACCAGAGAAUGAGACAACGGAUCAGGGUGGAGACAGAGGGCCAUGGACUUCUUCAUCUCCAGGGACGUCUUCAUCUCCACGGACUUCUUUCAGUCCUCCUUUGAAAAAGGGCAACCGAGUUGACGCCAAAUGUAAGUGGGAAGAUCAUGAGGUAUGUGCAGUUGAAAGACGCAUGAUGCGUUUCAUCAACACAUGCAAGGUGCCUCAGAAGCUGGACUGCACUCAAUGCAUCAAUGCAGAACCCUAUGCACUGAAAGACAGAAACUGGACUGGAGUGAAAAAUUAUGUUAGAAAUCGCAUUACUGCCUUAAAAAGAAAAGCUUGUGCAAAGGACUGAGGGCUGUCUGUUUGAUUUCAGUGAGUUAAAAUUUCCUGUUUCUCUGGUAAAAUGGUUCUGAAGAUGUUUUGAAGACGUUGCACUCCAAAAAUUUCAGGUUCAGUAAGCAGGUGUAAUUUUGUUACCUAAGACCUUUUCUCAUUCUGAGAGGAAAAAACAAAUCUUUUCAAGUUGACAUUUUUUUCUUAACAUGGUUUUCAUUGUAUCCACUUCACACUGUAUGAAAUGUAUUUGGAAUCAAAGUUUUUUACAUUUGCAGGUAGAAGCACUUAAUGAAUUGUGCAGAUAUUAUUUUGUUUCUUUGUUGCUGCAAGUUCCUGUGUAUACAUGAAGUGCAUGUAAAUUGCUAAAAACAACACGGUAGGAAUAAAAGAAGCAGAAUAUUUAAAUGUUUGUGGCACAAUUAGUUGUGAUUUCUUUCAUAAUAAGUACGGUAAUGACCUGACUUUGAAGUUCUGACAAAUCCAUUGGAUUCUGUCAAGUUAGCAGACCUAAUUGCAAUGAAUAUUGUUAGGUUGGGUAGAAAAAGGCUUUUAACAUUUUGACACUGAGCAGCAGCAGCAUACUAAAACAUUUCUAGAUGGUUAAAUCAUAACAUUACCUUGUACUUACUUUGAUGUAAUAUCCCCAAAACUGAAGUAAAAUUGUUUGAUUAUGUGUGUAUUGCUGAAGACCCCAAAUGGAAGUAAGGUCCCCAAAAGUGACAUAAAAAAGUUUGUUUAUCUGUGUAUCGCUGAAGACCCCAAAGUGGACAUUAAAAAUUCCCAGUCCCCAAUGGGAAGGUAAAAAUACUGUCUGGACAAAUGUUGCUUAAAAUGAAAAUCUCAAGUGAUUUUUUUAUUUCUGUGGUCUUGGAGGAGUAAAACUCAGUUGCCAGCUUGCUUCUAAACCAUACAGAAAGUGGUGUCCCCAAAGGGUGGGAGUUAAGAUAUGCGACCCCAAUGGCAAUGGCAAUGCCAUGAUGAUCCAUUUGGCAAAAUAAAUCCAUUUGGUAUCCUUGUUGGUCUUCAGACAACAAUUCUGACGGC